AUGGCAGUUUUUCUCAAUGUAGGUACAUUCCAGGGGGAUACACUGUCUGUUGCAAUCUUUCUACCUGUUAUCAACCUGCCAUUGGAAUACCUACGCUCAGAAGCAGCACAUGGCUACACGCUAAAGGACAAGACACAUGUGACCUUUGCGUUUGCCGACGACCUAGCAUUGACGAUAUCCAGGUCAAGAUCACUGCAACGAAUCUUGAACACAUUGGACAGAAAUCUACGGAGCAUCCACUUGUACCUGAAACCCAAGAAAUGCAAAACCCUCAGUAUAUGUGGCGGUUCAGCAAAGGACGUCGCUUUCUGUAUCGGAAGUCACCCCAUGGACAAUAUUAUCAAAACUCCUUUCAAAUUCCUUGGUGGAUACGUCACAGCUAGAGGCUCAGCAGGUCAGGUCGCUGACAUCCUGAGGGAAUCAAUCAUAGGCUCAAAGGAAAAGAAUGGAAUUAUAAUGAACAUCGACGAAUCACCCAUUAGAGGAGAGUACAAAUGCGAGAUAUACAGAGUCUAUGUACAAGGUGCCAUCAAGUACCUACUGUCAGUCCAUGACACCACACGCUCUCACUUACAGAAACUGAGUAGCAGCGUCACCCAGUACCUGAAGAAAUGGGCUGGCAUGAAGAGAUCUGCUAACUCCGGAAUCCUGUACCAUAGCCAGGGUCUAGGCCUUAUCUCAGUAGAACAGAUCUAUCUACAGCAACAUGCUACAGUCAUUGCAUCAGCUGUGACAAUAGGUGAUGCAAGUGUCCAGAAUGCUCUGCAAGCAAAAGUAGAAAGGGAGGGAACUUUCACCCGCAAGAGAACAGGCAACUUGGAGUGCCACACUCUUGUGAAAGACACACUUACAUCACUGUCAAGUCCCAACAGUAAUGACAACCAAGCAACCCCCCAUCAUACCAAGGACAAGCUCUGCCGAAGGGUGAAAGCCCACAUCCGUCAGACAGAAGACAACAAGAUAGAAGAGCACUGUAGAUCUCUGUCAGUGCAGGGAAAUUGGGUAGAACUAAUUGAAUUGGAGCAAUCUGACACAAAAUGGAGAAGUUCUCUGUGUAACAGUCCUCGAGGCGUCUUUGAGUUUGCCCUAAGUG